GCGGAGGGGGGGGAGGAGGCGGAGGGGUCUCGGCUGCGCUCCCCGUCCGGCAUGGCGGAGGCUCAGCAGCUGCGGGUUCAGGAGGCCAUCGACGGCAUGGUGCAGGGCCUGGAGCGGGAGCACAUCCGAAAGAUGCAGGGCCUGAUGUUCCGCUGCAGCGCCACGUGCUGCGAGAACCCGCGGGCCUCGAUGCAGCAGGUGCACCAGUGCAUCGAGCGCUGCCACGCGCCGCUGGCCCAGGCCCAGGCCCUGGUCACGCAGGAGCUGGAGCGCUUCCAGAGCCGCCUCUCUCGCUGCACAAUGCACUGCAACGACAAAGCCAAGGAUGCCUUGGACUCGGGGAGCAAAGAAUCGCAGGUGAAGCUGCAGCUGGAGACCUGCGUGAUGAAGUGUGUGGAUGACCACGUUCACCUCAUCCCCAGCAUGACCAAGAAGAUGAAGGAGAGCUUGGCCGGCAUCGCUCAGUAAUUCCACCCCUGUGCACAAACCCAGGCAGCAGAUAUGGAUUUGUGCGUCUUAAUACUUCCUGAGUAGGGGAACAUGCACUUGUGUGCGUAUCCAAGUCUGGGCGAGAUCUAAGCAGAGGUUUUGUCACUGGCGGCUGGCAUGUUUUGCCACCCACUCAAGACGAGAGAUUCAAGCAGGAAAGGAGCCAUCGGAAUCUGGAAAGCUGUACUGCUUAAGUUUGCCGAGUGAGUCAGAAAUGAAGAUUGUAAGGCGGUUUAAAAAUGCCACAUCAAAAUGUGAACUUUGCUGUCAAAAUCUGUGAGGCCUUUUUAGUCACUCCCAAACAAAUGUUUAUUAAAUUUUUAAAAUCUAGUAGAGUUUCACAUUA